AUGACAAUAACUCCUCCCCCUUCUGAUACUGAGGUUUCUGCACUUGAAAACAAAAAUCUGAGGCGUAUUGCGCAAAUAAUUGAUCUGGUACUCGAUGUAAUUUUUCCACCAGGAAAGAUGCCUUAUAUUUACAACGCUCUGGUAUUUCAAGGUCGAGAUACGGUUGACCAACAAAUUCACGUAACUUGUGAAGUACAUCAAUUAUUAGGAAAUAAUCGAAUUAAGGUUGUAGUUAUGAGUGCUACGGGUGGUCUAAAGAGAGGAAUGGAAGUGGUUGACACGAAAGAUGCUCUAAGUGUUCCAGUCGAAGGAGCAACAUUAGGUCAAAUUUUCAACAUGCUUGGAGAGCCUAUUGAUAAUUUGGGUUCUGUAGAUACUCGCACAAUAUCUCAUAUUCAUAGAUAUGUGUCUGCCUUUAUACAGUUAGAUACACAAUUAUCCAUUUUUGAAACAGGAAUUAAAGUAGUUGAUCUUUUAGCUCCUUAUCACCGUGUGCAGAGAAAAAUGCAUGCACGGCUUGGGGAGGGAUUUUUAUUGUUUUAUUUGAUUAAACAUGGAAUUUUCUACUUCAUCCGACUAGUUCUGUGUUCGAGUCCCGGGCAACCCAUUCUAAUUAAUAGAUAA